UGCUUCCCCGCGCCGAGCUGAACCUGAGCAGAGAGUUUCUGAGGGCGGUGCGGGGGCAGGAAGGGGUGUGAGGCUGCAGUGGUAUGAAACAGCGGCUCAGCAAGUGAGACAGGCGGUGUGGCUAGACCAGCCGGCCCAGGGCCCGCGCUACUGUUCCCUAAGCUGCUGAAGCGCGGAGAUUGGCGGCCGGCGCGGAGAGCGGCGGGCGAAAGGGAGGAGAGGGAUCUGAGCGCGAGGGAAUCCCGCUCGGCUGCCGGCGGCUCUGGUGGGCCUCCCCGAUUGGGGUCCCCUGAGUGGAACCAUGUGGGUGGCCAAGUGGCUGGCUGGGCUGCUCUGCCAUCUCUCGCUCAUCACCAGGUCUUGGGAAGUUCACUUCCACCCCAGGCAAGAAGCCCUGGUGAGGACCCUGACUACCUACGAAGUAGUGAUCCCCGAGCGGGUCAAUGAGUUUGGAGAAGUGUUCCCUCAGAGCCACCACUUCAGCCGGCAGAAACGCAGCUCCGAGGCGCUGGAACCCAUGCCGUUCAGAACCCACUAUCGCGUCACUGCCUACGGACAGCUCUUCCAGCUGAACCUGACCGCCGAUGCAUCCUUUCUGGCCGCCGGCUACACCGAAGUGCACUUGGGAGCCCCGGGACGCGGGACCUGGGAGAGCGACGCAGGGCCCUCAGACCUGCGCCACUGCUUCUACCGCGGCCAGGUUAACUCGCAGGAGGAUUACAAGGCCGUCGUAAGCUUAUGUGGAGGCCUGACGGGAACAUUUAAAGGACAUGACGGUGAAUAUUUCUUAGAACCUAUAAUGAAGGCAGAUGGGAAUGAGUAUGAAGAUGGUCACAACAAGCCACAUCUUAUAUACAGACAAGAAUUAAAUAACUCUUUUCUGCAGACUCUGAAGUAUUGCAGUGUGUCAGAAAGUCAAAUAAAGGAAACCAGUUUACCCUUUCAUACCUACAGAAACAUGAAUGAAGAUCUUAAUGUAAUGAAAGAAAGAGUUUUAGGACACCCAUCAAAAAAUGUACCAUUGAAAGAUGAAAGAAGUGAAUUACAUUCCAGGAAAAAACGUCUUAUAUCAUAUCCAAGAUACGUUGAAAUUAUGGUUACAGCUGAUGCUAAAGUGGUUUCUGCUCAUGGAUCGAAUUUGCAAAACUAUAUACUGACUCUAAUGUCAAUUGUUGCAACAAUCUACAAAGAUCCAAGUAUUGGAAGUUUUAUACACAUAGUAGUGGUAAAAUUAGUUAUGAUUCACCACGAGGAGGAAGGGCCAGUCAUUAAUUUUGAUGGUGCUACCACAUUAAAUAACUUUUGUUCAUGGCAACAAACUCAGAAUGACGUUGAUGAUGUUCACCCUUCCCACCAUGACGCUGCUAUUCUUAUCACUAGGGAAGACAUUUGUUCAUCUAAAGAGAAAUGUAACAUAUUAGGUUUAUCAUACUUAGGUACCAUAUGUGAUCCUUUACAAAGCUGCUUUAUUAAUGAAGAAAAAGGACUCAUUUCUGCUUUUACUAUAGCCCAUGAACUUGGGCACACACUUGGUGUUCAACAUGAUGAUAGUCCUAGAUGUAGAGAAAUGAAUGUUAUGCAAUAUCAUGUAAUGGCCCCUGUUUUAAGUUUUCACAUGAGUCCUUGGAGCUGGUCAAACUGUAGUCGGAAAUACAUUACUGAAUUCCUAGAUACUGGCUACGGGGAAUGUCUUCUUGACAAACCAGAUGAAGAAAUAUAUAAUCUGCCUUCAGAACUUCCUGGAUCACGAUAUGAUGGAAACAAGCAGUGUGAACUUGCGUUUGGUCCCGGGUCACAAAUAUGUCCCCAUAUAGAGAAUAUAUGCAUGCAUCUGUGGUGCACAAGUGCAGAAAAGCUUCACAAAGGCUGUUUCACUCAACAUGUGCCACCAGCAGAUGGAACAGACUGUGGUCCUGGAAUGCAUUGCCGCCGUGGGCUAUGUGUAAACAAAGAAAUGGAAACACAUCCUGUAAAUGGUGAAUGGGGACCAUGGGAACCUUACAGUUCUUGUUCAAGAACAUGUGGAGGUGGAAUCGAAAGCUCAACCAGGCACUGUAAUCGUCCUGAGCCAAGAAACGGAGGAAAUUACUGUGUGGGCCGCAGGAUGAAAUUUCGAUCAUGUAAUACUGAUUCAUGUCCAAAAGGCACACAAGACUUUCGAGAGAAGCAAUGCUCUGAUUUUAAUGGCAAACAUUUGAACAUCAAUGGCAUUCCCUCUAAUGUGAGGUGGCUUCCAAGAUACAGUGGCAUUCGCACAAAAGAUCGUUGUAAACUCUACUGUCAGGUUGCUGGAACCAAUGAUUUCUACCUAUUGAAGUAUAUGGUUGAAGAUGGUACUCCUUGUGGAAAUGAAACUCAUGACAUCUGUGUUCAAGGCCGGUGUAUGGCAGCUGGUUGUGAUCACGUGUUAAACUCCAGUGCCAAGAUAGACAAAUGUGGAGUGUGUGGUGGGGACAACUCUUCAUGCAAGACAAUAACAGGUGUCUUCAACAGUUCUCAUUAUGGCUAUAAUGUUGUUGUAAAGAUUCCUGCAGGAGCAACAAACAUUGACAUUCGUCAGUACAGCUAUUCUGGACAACCAGAUGACAGUUACCUUGCAUUAUCUGACGCUGAAGGGAAUUUUCUUUUCAAUGGAAAUUUUGUUCUAAGUAGAUCAAAGAAAGAAGUCAAUGUGCAAGGAACAAGAACUGUUAUUGAAUACAGUGGAUCAAACAACUCAGUUGAAAGAAUUAAUAGUACUAAUCGACAAGAGAAAGAACUUAUUUUGCAGGUGUUAUGUGUGGGUAAUUUAUACAACCCUGAUGUACGUUAUUCCUUCAAUAUCCCUUUGGAAGAGCGGAGCGAGCUGUUCACAUGGGACCCCUAUGGACCAUGGGAAGGCUGUACCAAAAUGUGUCAAGGUCUUCAGCGAAGAAAAAUAACUUGCAUACAUAAGAGUGAUCAUAGUGUUGUGUCUGAUCAAAAAUGUGACCAAUUGCCACUUCCAUCAUUUGUUACUCAAAGUUGCAAUACAGACUGUGAACUAAGGUGGCAUGUUACUGGCAAAAGUGAAUGUUCAACCCAAUGUGGUCAAGGAUAUAGAACCUUGGACAUCCAUUGCAUGAAGUAUUCCAUUCAUGAAGGACAGACUGUUCAAGUGGAUGACCACUACUGUGGUGACCAACUUAAACCUCCUACCCGAGAACUAUGCCGUGGUAACUGUGUCUUCACAAGAUGGCAUUUUUCAGAAUGGUCUCAGUGUUCCAGGAGUUGUGGAGGAGGGGAAAGGUCUCGAGAAUCUUAUUGUAUGAAUAACUUUGGCCAUCGUCUUGCUGACAAUGAAUGCGAAGAACUGUCCCGAGUGACGAGAGAGAAUUGCAAUGAAUUUUCCUGUCCCAGUUGGGCUGCUAGUGAAUGGAGCGAGUGCCUUGUUACAUGUGGUAAAGGAAUAAAGCAGCGGCAGGUAUGGUGUCAGCUGAAUGAAGAUCACUUGAGUGAUGACUUCUGUAACUCAAGUACCAAACCUGAAUCUCUGAGUCCAUGUGAACUUCAUACAUGUGCUUCCUGGCAAGUAGGACCAUGGGGUCCUUGCUCCGUAUCUUGUGGAAGAGGUACUCAAGCCCGCUAUGUAAGCUGUCGUGAUGCUCUUGAUAGAAUAGCAGAUGAAUCAUAUUGUGCCCACUUACCCCAACCUGCUGAAAUAUGGGACUGUUUUACCCCUUGUGGAGAGUGGCAAGCAGGGGAUUGGUCACCCUGUUCAGCUUCCUGUGGCUAUGGAAAAACAACUCGACAAGUUUUAUGCAUGAACUACCAUCAGCCAAUUGAUGAGAAUUACUGUGAUCCUGAAGUUCGCCCCUUGAUGGAACAGGAAUGUAGCCUAGCAGCCUGCCCGCCUGCACACAGCCACUUUCCUAGUUCUGCUGUGCAACCAAGCUAUUAUCUAAGCACGAAUUUGCCAUUAACUCACAAACUUGAAGAUGAUGAAAAUCAGGUGGUCCAUCCAUCAGUCAGAGGAAACCAGUGGAGAACCGGACCGUGGGGAUCAUGUUCUAGCAGUUGUUCUGGAGGACUUCAGCGUAGGGCUGUGGUCUGCCAGGAUGAAAAUGGACAAAGUGCUAGUUACUGCGAUGCAACCUCCAAGCCUCCAGAGUUACAGCACUGUGGUCCAGGGCCUUGUCCACAGUGGAACUACGGAAAUUGGGGAGAAUGUUCACAAACAUGUGGAGGAGGAAUAAAAUCAAGACUUGUAAUAUGUCAAUUUCCCAAUGGCCAAAUAUUAGAAGAUCACAACUGUGAAAUCGUAAACAAGCCACCUAGUGUAAUACAGUGUCAUAUGCAUGCUUGCCCUGCUGAUGUGUCAUGGCAUCAGGAACCAUGGACAUCGUGCUCAGCCUCUUGUGGUAAAGGUAGAAAGUACCGUGAAGUGUUUUGCAUUGACCAAUUCCAAAGGAAAUUAGAAGACACAAAUUGCAGUCAAGUACAGAAACCUCCAACUCACAAAGCCUGUAGAUCUGUCAGAUGCCCUUCAUGGAAAGCCAAUAGCUGGAAUGAGUGCUCUGUGACCUGCGGCUCUGGAGUUCAGCAGAGGGAUAUAUACUGCAGACUGAAAGGUAUUGGUCGAGUGGUUGAAGAAAUGUGUGAUCAGUCCACCCGACCUUGUUCUCAGAGACGAUGUUGGAGUCAGGACUGUGUGCACCACAAGGGGAUGGAAAGAGAGAGGCUGAAUUGUUCAACAUCAUGUGAGAGAAAAGAUUCACAUCAACGAACGGAGUGCACAGAUAGCCAAAUUGGACAAGUGAAUGAAAUAGUCUAUAAUUCUUCAACCAUAUCUCUUACAUCCAAGAAUUGCAGGAACCCUCCUUGCAAUUACAUUGUGGUAACAGCAGACUCAUCACAGUGUGCAAACAACUGUGGAUUUAGUUACAGACAAAGGAUUACAUAUUGCACCGGGAUCCCAUCUACUAAGAAACAUAAGCUCCAUCGACUUCGGCCUAUAGUCUAUCAAGAAUGCCCUGUGGUGCCUUCCUCUCAGGUUUACAAAUGCAUUAACAGCUGUUUGCAUUUGGCCACUUGGAAAGUUGGAAAAUGGAGCAAGUGCUCAGUGACUUGUGGAAUUGGGAUAAUGAAGAGACAAGUGAAAUGCGUUACCAAACAUGGUUUGUCCAGUGACUUAUGUUUAAACCAUUUAAAACCAGGUGCUCAAAAGAAAUGCUAUGCCAAUGACUGUAAAUCAUUUACCACCUGCGAAGAAAUUCAAGUGAAAAACCACAUUAGAAAGGAUGGUGACUAUUACCUUAACAUUAAGGGAAGAAUAAUAAAGAUUCAUUGUGCAGACAUGCACUUGGAGAACCCUAAGGAAUAUUUGACACUGGUCCAAGGUGAAGAAAACUUUUCUGAAGUGUAUGGCUUUAGACUAAAAAAUCCGUAUCAAUGUCCUUUUAAUGGGAGUAGGAGGGAAGACUGCGAAUGUGACAAUGGACACCUAGCUGCUGGAUACACUGUUUUCAGCAAAAUAAGAAUUGAUCUCACUUCCAUGCAAAUUAAAACUACAGACCUUCGUUUUUCCAAAACAAUAUUUGGAAAUGCAGUUCCAUUUGCCACAGCUGGAGAUUGCUACAGUGCUGUCAGAUGCCCACAGGGACAGUUUAGCAUUAAUUUAGCAGGAACUGGGAUGAAGAUAUCCAACACAGCAAAGUGGCUUGCUCAGGGGAGUUAUACCUCUGUCAGCAUACAGAGAUCAGAGGAUGGAACCAGAUUUUUCGGCAAGUGUGGAGGGUACUGUGGAAAGUGUCUUCCUCACAUGACUACCGGUCUCCCAAUUCAAGUUAUAUGAACAUUUAGAAGGGGGAUGUAUGCCCUAAAGAGGAGAUAUUCUCUGGAACAUUCAAAUAACGGGUGCUCAUUUCUUUAUUUCUCCCUUCCCGAGAUUUCCAGAUCUAAUAUGUCUCUGCGUUUUUUUCAGGGUGCUCAUCAGGGAUUCAAAUAACUGCUUAAUAAGGUUCUAUUAAUCAGGAUUUUUUUAAAGAACAUAAUAAUUUAUAAUAGAGAAUACCAGGAUCGAAUGAAUUAUACCAAGACAGUGCUGCUCUUAACAUCUUGGACUGGAUCACACUUAUCUUAUACCUAUAAACACAUGUGUAAAUCUCUGCUCAGCUUUGUACUGUACAAUGAAAUGUUUAUUCUACUAGCUAAAAUGAAGCAAGUAAAUAUUAGGAUAAUAAACAUUCAAAAUUACUAUAAACAUUAUUUAAUCUUUCUGACAAGUAGCAAAUCAAUAGUUACAUAAAAAAGCACAGAGCCAUUAUACUUUCUACUCAUACAGUUUAGAUACCUUGUUUUAUUUUUCCUUUAAUUUUUACUUGUGGAUUACGGUGCUUCAAUUAAAAAAAUAGUCCUCAAAAUGAGGUACAAAUUGUGUAUUAAAAAUGUAUGUUUGGGGUAAAUAGUAAAUAAAAAAUUUUGUGGGUAUAAUAAAGAUAUGAUAUAAUUUAAUUUUUAAGAUCUACCUCAAAUUUGAUUGUACUUACAAGAACAAUACAUUGUUUUUAUAAU